AUGAGCUUCCACUUGAGCGCCUCGGACGUCCACAUUGAUGACAACCAUAUCUUGGUUGCGGUCCUCAGAGAUGAGGAGGGUGAGGAGCACGAAUCCACACUAAAUUUGGAUGAGUUCCUGGGAAACAACGAGGGCCGAUUCGACUGGGGUGGAAACGGCUUCUCCGGCAGUGCCCGGGAUGUGACCUUCUCCAUUGAGGGUGGUGGUGAGGUCCCAGUGCUGCGCGCCGAGCUUGCCAACUCGGAGGGCGAGUACUUCCCCGCCGACGUCAACCUGUCCGAGCACAUCGAGAACGACAACGGCAAGUUGGUUUACCAGUAG